AUGACAGACUGCAACAAGAAUAGAGAAACUGUUUGUUCAACAACCUUCUCCCCAGUGGUAACCAGAGGGGUCUCAGGUCUCACGUCUCACCCAACUCUGUCACAAGGUGAAUCCCUGGGCAAUUUUGUGUCUCACUUCUGUGUUUUUCCAGGAUGUUCUGUCAAUAAUAACGAACCAAGUGUUUAUGAGAAUAACCCUCCUGGUUACGUGGUGACUACUAUCCAUGUGGAACCGAACUUCACUGUAAUGAUUGAUCCUACUUCCCCCGAUGCCAGUUUUUUCACUAUAUGGAGGUCUGAGCUGCAGCUGAACCGAAGUGUGGACUAUGAGAAAGACACCUUGCUGCUGGUGUACCUGAUUUGUCGGAACGCUGCUGGGCAGAGCGAUUCGUUGCAAAUUCUCGUGACCAUUCUCAACAUGAACGAUAACAGCCCAGUGUUUAAGCAGACGAAUCUCACCGAGGUUGUUCCUGAGGAUACAAAAGUGAACACAACCAUUGUGGCCCGUGAAGUUUUAAGUGCUAGUGAUGCUGACCUGGACACCAUCUUUUAUGAACUCGCAACAAUAGUGCCGGGCACAGAUGGUUAUUUUGCCAUAAAAGGAGUUAACAACCCAGAAAUUUAUUUACAAAAAGCACUGGACUAUGAGAAAUUUAAAUUGACAACGCUGCUCUUGUACGCAAGGGACAGGCCUGUGGGCAGCACUGAGACCACCAACACAGCUACAACAACAAUAAACAUAUUUAUUGAACAAGCUGACACCAAAUCACCCUGGUUCCUACCCUGUACCUUCAUUAACAUGGACAAUAGCAUUUGCAUCAGCAGCCCCUAUACUGGGAGGGUCAAUAUCUCUGAGAUGUCGACAGAACCACUCAUUCUAGAGCCGGGGCCUAUCUAUGCUAUCGAUCCUGAUUACACUUUAAAUGAAAAAAUCAUGUACAGCAUUGUUGGUGGGGAUACAGACAAAGUAUUCUCAGUGGAUGCAGACACAGGGAAUUUAACUAUGAAUAAAGUAGCAACUUCUCCAGACUCAUACCUAUUGCAAGUUAUGGCCACCCAGGUCAACAACAAACAGAAAUACUCUGUAGUCAGUGUAGAGAUUAAGGUUGUCAAUAAGAGCAACUACCCACCCUACUUUGAGAGCAGGAUCUACAAUGGGACCGUAUUUGUUGGUCUGGCUCCGAGAAGCUUUGUAUUCCAAGCUGGUGAUCCUUCAAGUCCCCUGAUGAUAACAGCGGUGGAUGAAGAUUUCCCUAAUAAAGUCAACCCAAACAUUGAGUACUACAUAAAAGACAGCACUGAUUUUAUCACAACCAAAGAUGGACUCGUCCUGACAAACGUAAUGCUGCAGUCACCAGGAACUGUGACCAUCAAGGCUAUUGGAAAAGAUAUGGUAAGCCUGCAGGAGGCAAGCACUGUAAUCGUGGUGGAGGUCAUCCUUGCUGCAGCUACAACCUCCUCUGAUAAGAUACACACUGCCCAGGAUAUGGCUAUCUUAGGUGGUACAUUAGCAGCACUGCUAUUAAUUGCUUUAGUCUUCCUUGGAGUGAUGAUAUAUAAACAGUAUCGAAGACCAGUUAAAAACCUGGUAAAGAACAAGUUCUCCAGGGAAAUCUCUGGGGGUUACCAGAACCAAUCUUACAAGGAAGAUGAACACCCAAAGGUGAGCACCAAACAGCAUGGGACAUCAGAAAAUGGCAAUGACCAGUGGACGACGCCUGUGCAAGAGCAGUCAGCACUCUCCUUGCUCUCUUCUGAUGCAGAAGAAAUUGGUAGCCUCCCACAGGCUUCUAUAGCUUCCACCAUCAUCUCUGACCAGGGAGAGAAAGAGGAAGAAGUGGAAGAAGAGAAAGAAGAGAAUGAGCAUGAGAAAGAAGUGAAGUCUAUCCUCAAGACAGAGAGGCAUGUGGCAGAUGAUGGCUACAAAGCUGUGUGGUUUAAGACUGAUGUGGAUCCAGAUGCUGGAGAGAGGAUUGAAGUUAUUGAGGACAAUGCAGCAGAUGACGAUGAUGACAGUGACCAAGAUCUGCAGAAGAAUGAGAAUGAGGAGGAGGAGGAGGAGGAGGAGGAGGAGAAAGAAGAUUAUGACAAGGAUGAUCACCACAGAGGGCUAGGAGUGUCCUUUGCCUCAGAGCACUCAUCACUCCCAGCUGCAGAAGUGAUAGUCAACAUGUCUCGCACAGAUGCAGUGACAGAAGAUGACAGGGACAUAUAAUGGAAAUGGUCUGCACUCUCCCCCCAAAAUGUGGGAAUCUCAGCUGCUCUGCUGACAUGAAGCCCAUUUUUCUUCUCAGGGGGGAAACUGGAAUGCAGGAGGACGAGGCUGCCUGUCCUGCUUGUCUGAAUGCAGCAGUUAAAGCUGGAAGAGAUUACAGCUAAUUCAACCUUUUAGGGAGACCCUGAAAUAUCACUUAGGAUUUUGGGGAGAGGAACACGUCUCAUCUCUCCACCUUUCUUCCUGUUCCCCACAGGCCCCUUCAUCACAUUUCCCAAACUGGCUGCAGGUACAGCAGAGAUGUAGCUGAACUGACUUUGAAGCAGUCAACCCAGCUCAUGGUAGCAAUUCAGUUACACAACCCAGUGUUCAUCUCCUCUUGGUGGGUAUCUAAGCCAGCACUGACUGCUUGCCUGUUCCCUUUGGAGUGUUACAGUUUGGUGCCAGCUGCAGGACAUAAGCCAGCACAAGUCACCCUGACCCCACAGUUGCUCAUAUGACUGUAGCCAGGAGCUCACUCCAGGGCUUGGCUCUGCUCUCUGUUGUUGCCACUCUGUGCUCCCAGCACAAGCAGCUGGCAUGGGACACCACUGUCCUCGUCCUGCCAGCAGUCAGGAGUUUACGUGCUCGGGAGCUGCUGUUUCCUCUGCCACCAGUAGUCAAGGGUUGAUCAUGUGUUCUUUACUGAAGGACUUUGUCAUCAAUUUUUC